CAGGUGUGGGACAGGCUGUAACGGUUGGUGCUUCCCGCUGGCCGCACCUCAGCGCCUCUUCGGCACAUCGCGCGUUCCUCGGCACCCUGCCCGCUGCCCCGCCGCUCCGGCACCAUGUCUCGAAGAUAUGACUCCAGAACCACCAUAUUUUCUCCAGAAGGCCGUCUGUACCAGGUUGAGUACGCCAUGGAGGCAAUUGGACAUGCAGGUACUUGCUUGGGCAUCCUGGCCAACGAUGGAGUUCUGCUGGCUGCGGAGAGGCGCAACAUUCAUAAGCUGCUCGAUGAAGUUUUCUUCUCAGAAAAAAUCUACAGACUGAACGAGGAUAUGGCUUGCAGUGUUGCAGGAAUAACUUCAGAUGCCAACGUUCUAACAAAUGAGCUGAGGCUGAUUGCACAGAGGUAUUUGUUACAGUAUCAAGAGCCCAUUCCUUGCGAGCAGUUGGUAACUGCACUGUGUGACAUCAAGCAGGCUUACACGCAGUUUGGAGGAAAACGUCCUUUUGGUGUUUCACUGCUGUAUAUCGGUUGGGAUAAGCAUUAUGGAUUUCAGCUGUAUCAAAGUGAUCCCAGUGGCAAUUAUGGAGGAUGGAAAGCUACGUGCAUUGGCAAUAACAGCGCUGCAGCUGUGUCAAUGCUGAAACAAGACUACAAAGAAGGAGAAAUGACCUUAAAGACCGCACUUGCAUUAGCCAUUAAGGUUCUAAAUAAGACCAUGGAUGUCAGCAAACUUUCUGCAGAGAAAGUUGAAAUUGCAACGCUGACAAGAGAGAAUGGGAAAACAGUAAUAAGGGUUCUGAAGCAAAAGGAGGUGGAGCAGUUGAUAAAACAACAUGAGGAGGAAGAAGCAAAAGCUGAACGUGAAAAGAAGGAAAAGGAGCAAAAGGAGAAGGAUAAAUAAAAUUUGAAGUCAAGUGUUCUGAAAAUAGCAUAGGACCUGCUUCAGUUAAAGGUAAUCUGGUUUUCUGUUUUGUGGAAGCCUACAAAUACGCCAGGGGAGAACAUGGAAUUACUUUUGCUGAACCAGGUCCUUAAUCAUCAUCAAGAUAAUUAGUUUUCUGUUCCUUAUAUUGACCAAUAAUUGCUUUAAUUCUUGAACACCCUUUCUUUCAUCUUCUAUUUUUUAUUAUGGAAUAAAAUUUAAGAAGAAUGGU